AUGCAGUGCAAGAUCUUGAGACUGGGCAAGUCGCUGUACCUGGAAGGCGACGACCGACACGGCGACUCGACUGGUGUGGGAGAUUUUGUCUUUUCUGUGGGUUUCCUGGCCGACGUGCUCGAGUGGAUCUCUCUGUGGUAUAUUCGAUCAUCGGGUAUGGGAGCGUUCGCUGGAAGUGUCGCGUCGGCUGCUGCGAUUGACGCUACGACGUUCAAUUGGGUGCUCAAGCUCUUUCUGGACGUCGGUGCGCCCCACCGAGUACUGCUCAGCUACUACGAACAGCUUUAUCGUGAGCAACCGGAACGCCUUUACCGGGAAGGCUGGACGCUGCACUUGCUACAGGAAGGACCAAAACGCAGAGUUCGCGGCUGGCGGCCGGGGUAG